AUCAUAACAGGAAAUGGUUGUUGUUGAUAAAGUGUCUCCCUACAACCCCCCUGAUGCCGGUGAAGGGCUUUUGAUACAAGGAAUUGGAGCUUCCUUCCCCCUUCCUCAGACCAAAUAAUACUGACGAGGUUUAUUAUAUCACUAGUACUAAAUGUGGAGAUUAAGGCAAGAGGAUGUUGGGCUAUGGUCAUCUAGUUUUAUAUUUUUUUAUUGUGGUGCACUGUAGUUGGGUGAAAUGUGUUACAAAAGUAGAUAAUGCUAUUAUCAGCAAUGAUAAAGAGGCAAUGGAUGCUUGCAAAAUAUUUUGUAAUUAUAAACUCCUUCAUUAUGUGAAUUUGGCCAAAGUCUUUAAUGAUAGUAAAUAUUUUGUAGACAUGAAACUCAGGAGGUCUCCUGAAGAAAUAGAGAGAAGAUUCAGCACUUUAUUAAAUAACACACAGGAUCAUCCAUCUGAAGCUGAAAUGAAGAAGUUUAUUGUGGAAAAUUUUGAUAAGCCUGGCACAGAAUUUGAAAGCUGGAUUCCUGAUGACUGGAAAGUACAUCCAAAGUUUAUCUACAGUAUUUAUGAUCUUCCUUUGAGGGACUGGGCUCUUGAAAUCAACAAAAAAUGGAAGGUGCUAGGAAGGAAACUGUCAAGAGAUGUGCAAGUUAAUAACAGUUUGUACUCCCAAAUUUAUGUUCCAAACCCCUUCAUUGUACCUGGAGGACGUUUCAUGGAGUUAUAUUACUGGGAUUCAUACUGGAUCAUUGAAGGUCUUCUCCUUUCUGAAAUGUAUGCAACAGCUGAAGGCAUGAUAAAAAAUUUCUUGCAUCUCGUAAAUGAGCUUGGAUAUAUUCCCAAUGGUAGCAGAAAGUAUUAUUUAGGAAGAUCUCAACCACCAUUUUUGACUUCUAUGGUAGAUUUGUACUGGAAAUACACUAACGAUAUAAUUUUUUUGAGGGAUUCUGUUGAUAUCUUGGAGAAAGAGUACAAUUUCUGGAAAAACAACAGAUCAAUAAUUGUCACGAUGGAUGAUAAACCUUACAGAUUGUUUCAAUAUAGAGUUAAUACAACAAAUCCAAGACCUGAGUCAUAUUAUGAGGAUGAUAAUCUUGUGAAAGGCAGAGCUGAAGAAGAAAGGUCAAAAAUAUUUUCUGGCAUAAAGUCAGCUGCUGAAAGUGGUUGGGAUUUUUCCACUCGGUGGUUUUUAGCAGAUGGGGAACGUACACUCAACAUAACAGAUAUUAAUACCUUGUCAAUAGCCCCAGUAUGUCUCAAUAGCUUAAUGGGCUUGAAUGCAAAGCUUUUGUCUGAUUUUUUUAAAAUAUUAGGAAAUGAUUCUAAACAUAAUUUAUACAAAGCCUUGGCAGAUGAAGCUAACACAACUAUUAGCCGUAUUUUCUGGAGUGAUCGUGAUGGGGUGUGGUUGGACUAUAAUGUGGUUAAAAAAGAACCUAUUCCUGGGUUUUAUCCCUCAAAUUUAAUGCCUUUAUGGGCAGAAAUGUAUGGCAAAGAGAGAACUCCAAAGUUUAUUAUAGAAAAUGUCAUUGCCUAUCUAGACAGGAACAACAUUAGUAAUUAUCCAGGGGGUAUCCCAACAUCACUGCUCAACUCAAGCCAGCAGUGGGACUUUCCUAAUGGAUGGGCUCCAUUACAGUAUUUAAUAGUACUGGGAUUAUACAAGGCACAAAAAUACAGUCCUCAAGCUGAUAAUCUUGCCUUUUCAUAUGCUCAAAAAUGGGUACUGAAUGUCUUCCAGACCUACUUAAAUACCACCCCACAUAAUAUGUUUGAAAAGUAUAUUGUAACUGAAAUUGGUAAGAGUGGAGGAGGAGGUGAAUACAAAACCCAGGAAGGAUUUGGAUGGACUAAUGCUGUCAUCAUGAAAUUCCUCAGUAUGUAUGGCCACAAACUCAAAACGCAGGAUGCCUUUGAUGUUGUAACACUCUCAGUUGGACUCCUCCUCAUUGCAGUGUCUUUUCUGUCUGUUGUAAGUUACAUGCACCGCGUACAUGCGUGCCGCAAGGUUGCAUGGAAAUCAGAGGUCAUUCCAUAAGUGAAGAGUAAUAAAUAUCUAGUGUUGUUAAAAAAGUAUAUUAUUCUCUUGAUUUUUCUAAUAAAAUAGUGUAUUAGGCAAGGCUGGUUGACUCGGAAAUUAUCUGAACUGACUGUGAAUUAAAAUUUCCAUUCAGUUUUUUAUACACUUUAUUCUCUUGCCCAUGUAGUUUUUCAGAGGCUGUUUUAUAACACAGCAAGAUAUUAUAAUUUAAUUUUCUUGUGUAAUUGUGAAUUUUAUUUAUAAAUUGUGCACUUGUACCUAUUUGUAGGAUAUAUAUGGACCAUGUGAUACAUAGUAGUGAUGUGGUACAAGCUUCAGUUGUGAAUUUAACAUGGGAAUAAAUUAUACAGAGGAUACAUAUAAGAUUGGCUUUAUUGUUUAUAGUUCUCUAGAAAUUAUAUGCCAGAUGUAUAUAGGACUAUAGUUCCUCCUUUAUUAAUUUUAUUUACUAUUUUUUGAAAGGGUGCAGAAUUUCUCAGGUUUUAGUAACUUUUAGGUAAUUAAUAAAUCCAGAAGUUUUGGGGAAAAGAUAUUACAGUAUAUUUAUGGACUUAAAGAUUAAGUGUAAUUCUGACUUGCCUUGAUCUUCAUCUCAACUCCGUCCAGCAAGUGCCUGUGGAAAUUUGUACGUAGUAAUGAACCCUAACUGUUACUUCUUAUUAAUGUGUGGAUAUGCUGUACUAUAUAUGUAUUAAUACUCUGCUGUCUCAGAGUUGUUUUCAUCUGACUUCUCAUGAUUUAAAACUUUUAAUUUUGGACACAGUAUUGACUAAAAUUAAUAUCUUCCUUAUAAAAGUUGAAACUUGCAAUCAAAGUUUUAUCAAAUAACAGUUAUUUUUUUUUUUUUUUCGAGAAUUUUAAACUUUAACAACUCUGCAGAGCACAGUUUUCUGUAUACAGUAUGCCUGUAUCUGCAUAUAGAUGUACCUGAUCCCUGUAGACUAUAAUAUACAUCUUGUAUAAAGCAGGGCAGAUAGGGCAAAAGAAAAGUGAAAAAGAUACUUAUGUAAGGUUUAAGAUAUACAUAUUUAUAUACUAUAGUUUUAUAUAUUAUUUACCUUUAUUUUAUAUACUGUAUUGUUUACCCCAAACCUAUAGAUGCAGUGUGAUUUGCAACAGCAUGGUGCAGUUUUAGGAUGUUUAUAAGUGUUAUAUCUGUUUCAUGUUUUUGUAAUGAUUACUGAGGAGCAAUCCAGUGACCUCUACUAGUGCUGUAUCUUCACAAGCCUGUGUCGAGUACAUACAGUACACACACAUUACUUACCUUAAAAUAUUUUUGUACUUAGCUUAUAGCGAGUGGUGAAUAUAUUUAUCAUAGGUAGCCUGAAUAAAUGAAGAAUGGAUAUGAUUGAAAACUGCUGUAUAAGCGAAAUGCUGAAAAGCAAAGUGCUGUGAAGAGGGACCCUCCUGUAUAGGGCUUAAGAUAUAUAUUUUUUAUAAGAUCCAUAGCUUAGAGAUAAUGGUGCCAGCCACUUGUCACCAUAUUGGUCCCCAGUAAUCCUUGCACAAAUUUUCUAUUUUGAUGAUAUUGCAAAAUCUCCUUUUUGUAUACCAUAUAUAUAUAUAUAUACAGUGAACCCUCAACCAGUGAUAUUAAUCCGUUCCUGAGAGCUCAUCGUUAGUCAGAAUUAUCGUUAGUCAAGUUAAUUUUCCCCAUAAGAAAUAAUGGAAAUCAAAUUAAUCCGUGCAAGACACCCAAAAGUAUUGAAAAAAAAAAAAUUUUUGCCACAUGAAAUAUUAAUUUUUAUACACACAAACUGAAGAUUACAUGCACAGUUACAUGACACUUACCUUUAUUGAAGAUCUGGUGAUGAUUGAUGGGAUGGGAGGAGGGGAGAGGUGUUAGUGUUUAGAAGGGGAAUCCCCUUCCAUUAGCACUUGAGGCAGCAAGUCUUUUUCUGGAGUUACUUCUCUUGUUCUUUUAAUGCCACUAGGACCAGCUUCAGAGUCACUGGACUUCUGUCGCACAACAUAUCUGUCCAUAGAGGCCUGUACCUCUCGUUCCUUUAUGACUUUCCUAAAGUGGUUCACAACAUUGUCAGUGUAAUAGUCACCAGCACGGCUUGCAGUAGCUGUGUCAGGGUGAUUUUCAUCAAAAAAGGUUUGCACUUCAAGCCACUUUGCACACAUUUCCUUUAUCUUAGAAGUAGGCAACUUCUUCAAUUUCUCUCUCCCCUCCUCCGAAGCAGUUUCCUCAGGUGUGCCCUCUUGCUGUUGAAGAUGAUCUAGCAGCUCAUCAGUGGUUAGUUCUUCACUGUCCUCCACCACCAACUCUUCCACAUCCUCCCCACUAACCUCCAACCCCAAGGACUUCCCCAAUGCCACAAUGGAUUCCUCAACUGGCAUAGGAUUCUCAGGGUUAGCCUCAAACCCUUCAAAAUCCCUUUUGUCUACACAUUCUGGCCACAGUUUUUUCCAAGCAGAGUUCAAUGUCCUCUUAGUCACUUCCUCCCAAGCCUUACCUAUAAUGUUUACACAAUUGAGGAUGGUAAAAUGAUCUUUCCAAAACUCUCUUAGAGUCAGUUGAGUUUCUGAGGUCACUACAAAGCACCUUUCAAACAUAGCUUUUGUGUACAGUUUCUUGAAGUUGGAAAUAACCUGCUGGUCCAUGGGCUGCAGGAGAGGAGUGGUAUUAGGAGGCAAAAACUUCACCUUAAUGAAGCUCAUGUCCCUAGAAAGUCGCUCUGCCAAGUCUGAAGGAUGACCAGGAGCAUUGUCUAAUACCAGGAGGCACUUAAGGUCUAAUUUCUUUUCAAUUAGGUAAUUUUUCACAUUGGGGGCAAAUGCAUGAUGUAACCAGUCAUAGAAAAAGUCCCUAGUGACCCAUGCCUUACUGUUUGCCCUCCACAGCACACACAAAUUAGCCUUGAGGACAUUGUUUUUCCUGAACACUCUGGGAGUUUCAGAGUGAUACACCAAUAAAGGCUUCAUUUUGCAAUCACAACUAGCAUUGGCACACAUCAACAGAGUAAGCCUGUCUUUCAUAGGCUUAUGUCCUGGGAGUGCCUUUUCCUCCUGAGUAAUGUACGUCCUGCUUGGCAUUUUCUUCCAAAACAGGCCUGUUUCGUCACAAUUAAACACUUGUUCAGGUUUCAGUCCUUCACUGUCUAUGUACUCCUUGAAUUCCUGCACAUAUUUUUCAGCCGAUUUGUGCUCUGAACUGACAGCCUCACCAUGCCUUAUCACACUAUGAAUGCCACUACGCUUCUUAAAUCUCUCAAACCAACCUUUGCUGGCCUUAAAUUCACUCACACCACUAGUUGCUGGCAUUUUUCUAAUUAAAUCGUCAUGCAACUUCCUAGCCUUUUCACAUAUGAUCGCUUGAGAGAUGCUGUCUCCUGCUAUCUGUUUCUCGUUUAUCCACGCCAAUAAAAGUCUCUCAACAUCUUUUAUCACUUGCGAUCUCAGUUUCGAAAACAUAGUUGCACCUUUGGCAAGAACAGCUUCCUUGAUUGCCGUUUUCUUGCCCACAAUAGUAGCGAUGGUUGAUUGGGGUUUAUUAUACAACCUGACCAGCUCAGAGAUACGCACUCCACUUUCAUAUUUAUCAAUGAUCUCUUUCUUCAUCUCCAUAGUAAUUCUCACCCUUUUUGCUGUAGGGUUGGCACUAGAAGCUUUCUUGGGGCCCAUGGUGACUUAUUUUGCAGGUGCAAUCACUAAAAAGGCUGUGAUAAUAUGAAAUGUUCCAGUUGUAUGUUUGGAAGCGACCGCGGUGGCUGGCUGGCUUGUAAACGCUGGCACCCAAGGGACAAGUGAGGCGCGCUCAGGCCAAAGUGGACGCGUAUGGUAUGGAACGAAUAGCGCUGGUCGGGUUUUUAAGCGCUAGUCGAGGCAAAAUUUUUGCGUUAAAAUGUAUCGCUAGUCAGAUUUAUCGUUAAUCGAUGCCAUCGUUGGUCGAGGGUCCACUGUAUAUA